CUUUUGAGAGCAUGCAGCAGAAUUUCAUUUUUAACGUGGGCCAGUAUGCUCACUGUGAAAACAUGAUAAUAAAGGUUUUAUCUUACCUUACCUGAUCACAAAUGAUUGGAUAGACCAAAUAGUGCCUUUGGGCUUGGGGGAAUGUUCUAACCGCACAUCCCCUUUUCUGCAGAGAAAUACAAUUUCCUAGGCAUCUCCAUUGUUGGGCAAAGCAACGAACGUGGCGACGGAGGUAUCUACAUUGGUUCCAUUAUGAAGGGAGGUGCUGUUGCAGCUGAUGGAAGAAUUGAACCCGGAGACAUGUUGCUGCAGGUGAACGACACCAAUUUUGAGAAUAUGAGUAACGACGAUGCCGUACGAGUGCUGAGGGAAAUUGUGCACAAGCCGGGGCCCAUCACGUUGACGGUCGCCAAGUGCUGGGAUCCGACUCCCAGGGGCUGCUUCUCGUUACCCAGGAUUGCUCCCCAGCGAAUCUGGGCUGGGCCGGACUCUCCGUGCUCCGAUCCGGGCGAGCCUAUCCGACCCAUCGACCCGGCAGCUUGGGUGUCCCACACCGCGGCGAUGACCGGCACCUUCCCUGCCUACGGUAUGAGCCCAUCCAUGAGCACAAUCACUUCCACCAGCUCCUCCAUCACCAGCUCCAUCCCGGAAACGGAACGUCUUGAUGACUUUCACCUCUCCAUCCAUAGCGAUAUGGCCACCAUUGUCAAAGCCAUGGCCUCACCGGAGUCGGGCUUGGAGGUGCGUGACCGCAUGUGGCUGAAGAUCACCAUUCCCAGUGCCUUCAUUGGGUCGGAUGUGGUCGAUUGGCUGUACCAUCAUGUGGAGGGCUUUACGGACCGGCGAGAGUCUCGCAAGUAUGCCAGCAACCUGUUGAAGGCUGGUUAUAUCCGCCACACGGUCAACAAGAUCACCUUCUCGGAGCAGUGCUACUACAUCUUUGGAGACAUCUGUGGAAAUAUGGCCAACCUCUCCUUGCAUGACCACGAUGGAUCGAGUGGGGCCUCCGACCAGGACACGCUGGCCCCGUUACCCCACCCAGGAGCGGCCCCCUGGCCUAUAGCUUUUCCUUACCAGUAUCCCCCUCCACACCCCUACAACCCACAUCCUGGAUUUCCUGAGCCAGGUUACAGCUACGGAGGGGGCAGCGCAGGUAGCCAGCACAGUGAAGGUAAGCAUCUACCAUACCUUCUGCUCUGCCUUCAAGCCUGCUAGAAGAUGGCGCUUCUUUUGUCUGCCUGAGCUGGGAAUUGUACCAUGGCUGUCAUCCAGGGCAGAGGUCCCCAAACUGUGGGCCGCAGUCUACUACCUGGCCGGGAGCUGUUGGCCACUGGGCCACCUGAGGGGCUGGCCAGCGUGUAUGCACUAGCUAGUAUCGUGAGCACUAGCAUUGCGGCGGCAUGCGGACGCCAUCGUCGCUGAGAGCGCACACGCCUCCCCCCCACAUCGUGUGCGCAAUCGUGGCCCCAUUCGUGCGUGCGC